AUGGGGCUGAAGAAGCAGCAGCUCCAGUUCGAGGAGGAAAUCCUCUCAGAUAUCGAAUCGGAGCCAGAACUCCCACGUCGUCUACGAUCCUUUCCGUUCUUCGAACUACCCUCCGAGAUCCGUCUGCGCAUCUAUCAUUUCCUCUUAUUCACGCCAGCUCGGAAGAGUGCGUUGCAACGCACUGGUAAUGUCGGAGCCUCCGCGAAGAAGAGCAAGCCGUUAUCGCCGUCCUCACAACGAGUCGCACUGUUCCUCGUCUCUCGAAAGGUACACGAUGAAGCCACACACUACUUUUACUCGACCCAGACAUUUCGAGUAUUCCCGGUGCAGGACUUUUUGAAGAUGCCCACCCUCCGCGCCUUGCCUCGUCGCCACCGGCCUUCAAUCACAACGAUCGAGCUGAUUGUCGGCUCAAGCUGGACUGCGCCACCGCGAAAUUGGAUCGUGAAUCAAGGAUUAGGGUUACACGACAUGCACCUUGCCCGCACGCUCAAGGUUUUCGUGCAGUGUGACCCGUCUCACCCUGUAUUCGAGGGUUUCCGAAUCUCCGAGAACUUCUAUACAGACUUUUGCGGGGACCUCCUCCAUAAGAUACUGGAACGACUUCCUGGUUUAGUUCAGGUUGAGUUCGAUGCAUGGCCCUCAGUGGAGAAGCAUGGACCUUUAAUGACACGCUUGCUUGCCGAGACUCGCCAUGUGCAGAAGAAAGUCCUCUGGGGCCCUGACAGAGGAUGGACGGAUUGGGAUGACAAUCAGAAAGAUCAGCGCAAGAAAAUCACCAAGAAUGACGCAGACGCGGCCUUUGAUGGUCUCCGUUCUCACCCUCCUGAUGCUCUCGAAGGGUUGGCGAACUCUCUUCAAACCAUCACUUUGGAAUCUUGA